AUGCAGCCGUGCGUGAAAGGCGGGAGAUGCGUGGGUGCGCCGAGUGGGAGCCGCAACGCACGCAUCGCACCACCUCAUCCCUCGCACGCCGAACGGGAGACGGGCCCGUCGUGUCUCCCUCGCCACUCUCCUUUUAACCCCAGCGGCUUCCAACCGCAUGUUAAAUUAUUCCCCAUGCUCACCUUGCUCGCAGCUGCCACUCGCCCCUCCAGGAACGAUGCUCCACCCACCGCCGCCACACAUGCUCUCACCGCCGCCACACCUGCUCUCACCGCCGCCACACCUGCUCUCACCACCGUGCACCUGCGUUCACCGCUGCGCACCGGAGUAACAGAUGCGUCAUGCUGCUCCCCUGCUGCUCUGACCGCAUUCCCUCGUGCCGACCAUCCUCUCAUGCUGCCUGCAAGUGACUUCCACUCGUACCUGCACUCCCUUGGUCCCCCCGGAAUGCCUUUUUCCUCCCAACAUGCCCACGCCCUCACCACGCCCUUCCACCUCCUUAGCACUCUGGCUUAUGAGCUUCUGGACGAUGCAAGGUUCACACUACACAGCAUGUACGAAACUGUUGGAAUCUCUCUCGGGCGGCUAGUGGGAGUGGGUGAGUUGGGCGUGCAACUGAAGGAGCUACGUGAGCAGCUGGCAGCAGCGAGGGGGGGGGUUGGCUGA